GCGGGACUAAUUUCCCCGAUGUCCCCUCUUCACUGAAACACAUCCUCCCAUCCCAUCAGAGCGCUUCAGAUGAGCCACACCUGACCGAGGAAGACAUCUUUGGAUUAUAUUUGCAGGAAGUCAGCAUGAGCACACUCUCCACCGACAGAAAGCCACUUGUGGAUUAUGGCGUUCAGAUCCGCUUCAUCAAAGACCUGGACGACACAGGUGGAGGUUACCCGGAUAAAACUACUAAAACCAAAGCAAACAAUGCAAGUCCAUCUUCCAACAAGUACGGGGUGGCCGUGAGGGUUCAGGGAAUCUCCGGGCAGCCUUACGUGGUUCUAAAAGAUGGAGAGAAAGGUGACUCGUACGGAGUUCAACUAAACACUCCCACCCCCACCUCAGGACCGCCCUCACCUUUCAAACAUGUUACAGAACCAGCUGAACUUGCAAACUCCCACAGCCCUGUGGAAAGUACAUCCCAUUCCCCUGUUUCACCUGCAGAAGAAGAAGAUGGGGAGGGUUUUGGGAGCCCUCUUAGACGACCUCCAGGGGAUGGGCAAGCAGGUACGCAAGGUGAGGAGGAAGCUGGAGCUGGAAGGGAAAGAGGGGUGGAGAGACCAAAAACCGAUCCCCCAAUCAAAGCAGCAGUCACUAAAAUGGAGAAAAAAAGAGAGCAGGCUGGCCAGGAGGAGUAUAACGAAGCGGGACUGAAACCUGUUCGAUUAAAUACAGCGGGAGCCAAAGGGGACGUUGCAAAUAGCUCUGGCCUCACCGGUUCUUUGGGUAGAUACAGCGGGAAGAAGCAGAGCAACGUUUCCUCUCCAAAGCCCUUCCCAAAGCCUUCACUAUCAACCAGAGCUUUGCUAUCGACUGAUGAGGAACUUGCUCCGGUAAUUGACACCAACUCCCUGGCUCCAAUUAACAAGCUGAUCAGUAAGUUCAACAACGGAGCACCGGGGAGCGCCCCGCAGACCCGAGGACGCUCCGGGGCGAGGCAGAGGCUCCGGUUCGAUGAGGCCAGGAGGUGCAGAAGUCUGGACGCCAGAAAAGAUUCCCAGCCAGAAGUUUGCCCUUCUUCUCCUUCGUCUCCCAUCCUGAAUCCCUAUGCUGCUCCUCAACCUGCCUCCACCAAUGGAUUAAUGUCAUCUGCUCCAGAACGGGGUUGCUUUGGAAAGAGCCCUGCGUCUGUUGCCACGGUGACGGCACCCAAGGCUCCUAAGCCAACUUUCAAACCACCAGAGACAUUUGUAGCCAAAGACACACCUCCAGCUCUCGCAAAAAAACCUGAGAUACUUCCCAAGAGUCUGAGUCAAAGUGCAGAGGUUAAGACAGAAGAAGAGGCUGAAGUCAAGCAGGAUAUUUACAACAUCCUUAAAGAAGGGACAAGUGAGAGUGAAGGAUCCCUCAAGAGAAACGUCAACUUCAACUAUGAGACGACCAACAGGCAGAAGGUUCAGAAAGCAGGAUCGGAUGGAAGUGUCAAAAUGGGAAAUAUUGAGGAUCUUCAGGAGCAACUCAGACGGUGCAAGAAAGAGUUGCAGGAAGCACAUGAUGAACUCGCCGGGGAGCGUAUGGCCAGAGAGGCAGCAAAGUCCCGCUCAGACCUUCAGGAAGAUCAGCUGGCUCAGCUCCAGGAAGAGCUGCGGAGGGUUUCAGAAAACUCCCCCCAAACAGACUCCCUGCAGACGGACGUGAUGACCUUACAGGCCCAGCUGGCUGAGGUCAGCUUGCUGCGCCAGCGCCAAGAGGAGGUGCUGCAUCAGCGAGAGCGGGAGCUGACGGCGCUGAAGGGAGCGCUGAAGGAGGAGGUGGAGUGCCAUGACAGAGAGGUGGAGGCUCUCAGGGACCAAUAUAGUCAAGAUAUGGAGAACCUGAGGAAAACCAUGGAGCAGGUCACACAGUCCCAGGAGCAGAUAGAGGAGGAGCGUGAGAAGGUGAAUACCUCGGUGCUGAUGCUGGAGGACGAGCUGGAGAGUUGGAAAAGUCAGGGAGAGCAGUGGAAGACGGAGCUGCAGGCGACCACGCAGGAGCUGCACGACACCAAAGAGGAGGACGGGAGACAACCCGGCGGCCGAAUACGAGCUUUGGAUGCGGUGCUGUUGAGGCUGAAAAAUGCUCGUUUUGAGACGCCUGUGUCCGAUGAUAAUCGUUCCUUACGAGAGGAGCUUCAGCGUUGCCAUGACAAUCUGAGGCAAACACGCGCAGACCUAGACAAACAAAAGGAUGAGCUAGACGAGAAAGAGGAGGCACUGGAAGCCCUGGCGAAGGCGAGUGGAGAGAAGGAGGCCCAUCUUCAGUCUGAGAUCGACAGGUUGAAGGAGCAAAUGCAGAAAGAAAAGGCUGAGCUGGAAAAGACACUCGAGAGGGCAAAGGAGUCGUCGACUGCAUCUACAGGAAAAGCAGUGGGGGACCACAGCACCACCCUGGAGCUGCAGGAAACUAACACUCGCCUCAGAGAGAGGCUGGCCCACAUGAAAAGGCUGCACUCCAGUAUGCCGCGCAGCCCGGAGGCCGAGGAUGCGCUGGAGGUCCUGGAGGAUGAGAACCGCUCCCUGAAGACCCAGCUGGAGGAGGCCAAGAGAGCUGGCACGCGGCUGAGCAAAGAGAGGGACGAGCUGACGUGGCGGCUGGAGGAAAGAGACCUGGAGAGGGAUGUUCUGAAGAGGAGUAAAAGCGACCUGGAGGAGCAGAAGAGGCUGCUGGACCGAGCCCUGGAGAAGAUCAAUAAGGAGAUGGAGACCAUGUUGGGAGAUUCUCGACAGUCGGUAUCUGCUCUGCAGACGCAGCUCGACGACUUCAGGGAGCGUUCGCGGAAGGACCUGCUGGAGGCGCAAAGGAACAGCAAGGACAAGCUGGCGGAGCUGCAGAGGGCUCAGAGCAACCUGAAGACCCAGCAGGAAGAGGUUUCCCGUCUGAAGAAGGACUUGCUGGCGUGCAGCGAGGAGAGGGACAGCGCUCAGCUGGAGAGAGACCUGCUCAACAACCGCCUCAAGCACCUGGAGGGGGAACUGGAGUCGGAGAGGAGCACGUGCAGCGAGCGCUCGCGGGACAUCAGAGGUCUGGAGGAUAAAAUGAAAACACUGGAGAUUGAACUGGAUGAAGAGAGGAGUAGUGUGGAGCUGCUGAACGAUCGCAUAACCAGAAGCAGAGAUCAGGUGGACCAGCUCCGUUCAGAGCUCAUGCAGGAGCGUUCAGCAAGACAUGACCUGGAAAUGGACAAGAGCGCACUUGAGCGACAGAUAAAGGAGCUGAGGUCUCGCGUGGCCGACAUGGAGGGACAGACUCGGCCCUCAGCCGGAGUCACCCUGCUGGAAAAUAAGGUCCAGGAGUUGGAGGAGAGACUACGAAGUGAAGAAAGAGAGAAGGCCAGUAUCCAGGCGUCUCAGAGACGAACGGAGAGAAAACUGAAGGACCUAAAUGUCACUUUAGACCAGGAGAGAAGCCAACAUGUUGAACAGAGGGAUCAGCUGUCCCUCCGUGUUAAGGCCUUGAAACGGCAGGUUGAUGAGAGCGAGGGGGAGGUGGAGCGCCUGGAGGGCGUCCGUCGGAAGAUCCUGAGGGACCUGGAGGAGCAGCAGGAGCUGCAGGAGGCCCUGCAGGCCAAAGUCUCCUCGCUGGAAGGAGAACUGAAACGGAAGUCACAGCAGACGCAUCGCUCAGCUCUGGGCUCUUCCACUUUAAGCUCUGAAGAAGAAGAUGGUUUCUAUGAUGGCAACAUCACCGCCAUCUUGAACGAGAGCCACCUACAAACCACCAACUGCUAGAAGAAGACGGCAACAAGCCUAGAAAUACCUAUGAAUUUUUGUUUAGUUUGGGUUUCUUUUCCAGAAGAAAGUACUCCGGGCAUCUGAGGCUCACUUAUGUGGACAUGUUUUUGUGUCCUUCCAACUCUUCCUCCAGUGGUUUAUUUUUAGUACAGCAGCAGGUUGGAAGAAUGACAGAAGACCGCAUUCUUUCAACCAUCUGCUGUGGUUACGAUUCUUUCACUUCCGCCAUCUUUUAUCUCUGUUGAGAUUUUUAUUUUCUGUUUUGUUAAAAAAAAUGAAUUACAGCCAGUAACAUGUGCGUCAACUUGCAUCUUGUUUUUUUUUUUUUUUUGUUGUUUUUUUUUAAGGCUCCCUGCAUGUCAGUUUUUAUAAGAAUAGUUACUCCUGUGAUGUCCUGUAGGACAUUGCUGUAACACGGUUUAUAUUCAUGGUUUACGUUCAGGUCAUGCAGCAGAUUUUGCUUCUCAACCAAAAUGCGAUUUACAUAUUGUGGUUGCUUGUGCAUGACAAGUUAUAUCUGUGAGUGUUGUUGGCAACUCUGAGCAUGUCUUCGUACUAAAUGUGAUGAAAAAUUUUUUUUUUUUAAUUAUUUCUUGAAUGUAACAAUUUUGGGCCAAAAAAAAACCGGAGCCUGUUUAUGUGUACUGUAUUGGAUACAUAAAACUGAAGACAAUCAAAUACACAAACUGUAGCAUUAAGUAUCCUGGAGGAUGAAACUUCUGCCUGUAACAGUUUUUUUUCCUGUUUUUUUUUUUUUACUAUUAUUUGCUUCAAUAUACCAAUGUGUAUUAACUUGAUUCGUGUGCACGUUUUUUCUCAAAUGCCUUAAAAAUUAGCUUCAUGUCUGAUUGUUCACCUCGUGUUUUCACAGCAUGUUUUGUAAGUUGCUACUAUCGUUGUAAUAACUGAAGUAAGAUUUGAUGUGCUUUCUUAAGCCUGCAUCUUUCUCUAAACAAUCCCAAAUUACUUCUUGUUUUAUUGCAUUUUAGGGUUCCAAGAGCGAUUGCAGUUAGAUUUAAAUAUGUGUACCAAAGUGCAGGUAACAUUCGACGUGCAGUGCACACAGCGUUGUAAGCUUCCCGAAAAUUUUGAAGUAAAUUUUCAAGUAAAAUUUGUACUUUUGUGUACAAUAAA